UUGUUCAGUACAAUAGCAUCAACAGAAAUGGCUAGCCAACAGGAAAGGGAAAAGGAUGUGCAGACCACAAAUUCCCAUGGUGUUAGAGAAAUGGUAGAAGAGCAGUAUAAAAAAAUCAAAGAGCAUGCAGAAACUUAUCCUUAUGUGUGGGCAUCAUAUAUAGUAGUGUAUGGCGGCUUUGCCUUGUGGACUACCUACAGGUGGAGAAAACUAAGAAAGACCGAGGACAGGGUACGAGCUCUUCAAGAAAAACUGCGUAAACUUGUUGAUUCUCAAGACUCUGCAAUUUCAACUACAACAACUCAUGAAAAGGCUCCUUCUUCCAUUGAUAAAUCCUUACCCAAAUAACUUAUCUGAUCUAACCCACAUUCUGUGAGAAAGAAGCAUCUCAAGUUCAGAAUAUGAAUCUAUGAAUCUCCUUUCCCAAAUAUCUUCUCUACUUCAACUGUUGCCUUUCAGAUAUAAGCAAAGUGUGCUCGUCAGAAUUUGGGUCUUCAUUUUAUAUUUCACAGAAUUUAUUAACUCUCAAAUUUAGCAGUAGAGCCAAAUAUUUUGUUAAAGGCUUGAGUGAGUUCUUUUAAGUUUUUUUGUUUCCGUUUGGACUCUUCUUUGAUGAUAUGCAAUACAUGGCUCCAGACAGAGCAACAUAGCAUCUGAUACGUGUAAACUUUCGAGCAUGUAGAUGCAAGUGAUAAUUGGCGAUGGCAUUGGAAAAUUGACGUUUUUGCAGGAUGGUGCAUGCCUUUUGCUUGGAAAAUUUAUUUUGGCAGUUCCAAUGUCUCAUGGAGAUGGGAAUUAGUCAUUAGUUAUGACAUGUGAGAACAGCAAUAAAAAAUUUCAGAAUUUCAA